UAGCUAUCAGAACGGUUUCCUGUUUGGAGGAAAAUCUACUUGUAUCAAGUUGACAUUGAACACGUUCAGCAUUAAACAUGGUUUCUCUGUCUUUAAACUCGUUAAAAACAAUUAUGCGGGCGAUGGUGGACAGUCCGGGAUUUGAUCGAGUUUUAAGUAAGGUGGACAUUGUAACAGCCAGCCCAGGGAAAGUGGUGUGUGAGUUUAAAGUGGAAGAGGAGCAUACAAACCGAGGGGGCACCCUUCACGGGGGUCUGACAGCAACACUGGUCGACGUCAUCUCCACCACUGCCAUCAUGUACACGGAACGGGGGGCACCCGGUGUCAGCGUGGACAUGAACAUCACGUACAUGAAUGCUGCCAAGAUAGGUGAGGACGUGCUGAUCACAGCCACGGUGUUGAAGCAAGGACGGACCCUGGCAUUCGCUACUGUAGACCUCACUAGCAAAGCCUCUGGGAAACUCAUCGCACAAGGGAGACACACAAAGCACCUUGGGAGUUAGAUCAGCUCCUCGGUGUGGGGUGAUGUUGCCCCCACACACAGGUCUUGGGUCAGUUUAGCAUUCCCCCCCACCAC